CUUCAACCUCCAACGUAUGGGAAUCUGGUAACAAUUCUGAGCAUCGAUGGAGGAGGAGUUCGAGGAAUCAUUGCCGGAGUCAUCCUCCAUUAUCUGGAAUCUCAGCUUCAGGAAAUAGAUGGUGAAGAUGCAAGACUUGGAGAUUACUUUGACGUGAUUGCAGGGACAAGCACCGGCGGUCUGAUAACCGCCAUGUUAACUGCGCCAAAUGAAAACGGCCGUCCCUUGUUCUCUGCUCAUCAAAUUGUUCCAUUCUACCUUGAAAAUUGUCCUAAAAUAUUCCCACACACAAGAUAUGGCACUGGAUGCGGGGGAGUAUUAGAAUGUGCAGUAAAUUUACAGAGAGGUCUAAGAGGGCCAAAAUAUGAUGGGGAAUACCUGCGGGAGAUUGUAAGGAAGACACUGGGAGAGACAAGGCUGCACCAGACAUUGACGAACGUGGUUAUUCCUACUUUCGACAUUAAAGAACUCCAGCCUACCCUCUUUUCUUCUUACCAGGUGGAUGAGCAUCCAGCCUUAGACGCUCAAUUAUCAGACAUAUGCAUAGGCACCUCUGCUGCACCAACUUAUCUGCCCCCGUACUAUUUUCAGAAUCAAGAUCAUGAAUUCAACCUUGUUGAUGGUGGCUUGGCUGCUAAUAAUCCGACACUGGUUGCAAUAAGUGAAGUGACGAAACAGAUAAUAAAGCAGAAUCCAGACUUCUUACAAUUGAAGCCAAUGGACUAUGGUCGGUAUCUGGUGAUAUCACUGGGGACAGGCUGCAACAAGAUUGAGCAAAAGUACGAUGCUAAAAUAUGUGGUAAAUGGGGAGCCUUGAGUUGGAUUUACAACAAUGGAUCAUGUCCAAUUCUAGAUUGCUAUAGAGAGGCAAGUGAUGAUAUGGUUGAUUACCUCAACUCUGUCGUUUUUCAAGCUCUUAAUUCAGAGGAUAAUUACCUUCGCAUUCAGGAUAAAAUAGAAGGUGAAUUAUCUUCGGUUGACCUAUCAACGAAAGAAAACUUGGAAAAUCUGGUGAAGGUUGGGAAAAGCUGGCUGAAGAAAAAAGUAUCCCGCAUUAACUUGGUUACGGGUCUGUAUGAACCACUCGCAAAUGCUGGUACCAACGAGGAAGCCUUAAAAAGGUGCGCAAAGCUACUAUCAGAUGAGCGGAAGGUUAGGCUAUCCAGAUGCCCAAUCACAGAGACUCCACAGUGAAAAGCUCCAGCUUAUUGCUUCCUACGUUUCUCUCUGUCUAUUAUAAUUUGGUCCAAUUACGAUUAAGACAUAUAUAAGCAAAGGAUAUUGGGUAAUG